CUGGUGACUUUAUGUUCCCCUCAGGGGUUACCUUGAGAUUUGUGAUGUAUCAGUUCCAACCAGCUUCUUGACUACUUACUCUGGCAUCUUCCAGAGCUACUCUCACUCGCGCCCGCCCACCCGCCGAUGUGCCUGCGCCAUGGAUAACCAAGAGCUUCGAGAUUUCAAAGAUUUCCUUUGCUUCCGUUUCGUCGGGGCCCUUGAGCUUUGCCGAAUGGCGCCCACGCAUAGGCGCUGGUGCAAGACGGCCCAAGAGGAUGCGCUUUGGUUGGAGCUUUGUCGCGCGUGCUGGUCCACCAAGGUGAGCAGCUUCCACCUCACCAAGCGACGUCAAGAGGAGCUCAGUUCUCAAGGAAUCAGCUGGAAGGAGCAUUACAGGCAGCACUUGCAAGAUGGUGGUCGAAGCUGUAUCACGCUUGAGGAGCUUACAGAGAAUGUUUGGGACUUCACCUUUCGCUUGCAUCCCCAGCUGCGGGCCUCCUCCAGCUUUCGCUUUGAUCCCGACUCGCGGUGCGUCACGGGACAUCCCAAUGGGCUCACCUACCACUGGCAACUGAGCAGCUCGGUCUGGUCUAUGUUCGGAAUGAAGGAUCCAAUUCGUUCCAACCAUAAGAUUUCCAAACAACCACCGAGGCUGAGAUUUGAAGAGAUUUGGUUUGGUUGAGAUUUUCAGCUCUUGUCAAGGAAAAAGACUGAUUCUUCAGAAUGGCAGGUGCCGACGGACAUCGUGUGGAGCUGGGCGCGUUUCCUCAGGCCAAGGUGAUUCGUCGAGAUGAUUGGGGCUGGGCCAUCGCCAACAGCAACAUCGUUUGCUGUUCUUUGGAUGCCAAAGAUUUAGCGGUGCCUGGCGCUGUGGAUUUGCAUCCGCAGCUCUUCAGCCUGGAACAGCUGGCCCCAUCACUUCAGCUUGUUCAGCUGCUCAUGCAACUUCAAUCAGGAUUUGCCUGGCCUCCUGGAUCCAGCGCUGGCUAUCCGCGCACAGAAGGUACUGAAGGGUAGCAAAGAGAAGGUCGGGACAGCUGCAGAGGUCGGGAUUGAGGUUCGACUACAGAAAGCUCUCCCAGCGAAGCCACUCAUUGGUUGUCCAACACUCUUGGCAGUACAUCUUGGUUCACAAACAUGGCGUGCUGAACUCAUGCAUUCCUCUUGGUGUCCUUGUUUCGUUUUGGCUUCACAUCGCCGGUCCAAAAAUGGGACGUGGCGCGCGCCAAGAGCGAAGGCGCCUCGUGCGUUGGUCAAAAA